AAGAGUUCCUUUCAUUUUCUUUCCUUCUUCUUCUUCUUCUUCUUCUUCUUCUUCUCUCUUUCUCUCUCUGUAAACCCCAACCCCUCUCUCUCUCUCUCUACCCAACUCACAUUAAUUCUUUGCUUCUACCUUUAAAUUCACGAGAUCCUCCAUUUCCCUUUUUUCUCUUUACAUUGUAAAGAUUUCUCAGUUAAUCCACCAUUACACUUACAAAUAAGAGAAAAAACCCAAACCCAGUUCAAGAUUUGAGACUUUAAGAUAUACACAUUGCUAAAUUUAUAUAUUUAAAAAAAAAAUGUCGCAUUCUGGAAAACCCAUAUCGGAAAUGGGUUUUGACUCAUUAGCUGAUCGGUUGAGAAACUCAUUACUGAGUAGUUGUAAUAUUAACGAAGAGAAAGAGGAGGAGAAGAAUGAUAACAAGCCCGAUUUUCGAGAACUGGAUCUGGGUUCACCCGUUUCACCAUUGAUGACCCGAACGAGUCGACUCAGUACCUCUACCACUACUACUACGACUACUACGACUACAAGUAGCAGAUCUAGCUCAUCAUCUGGAUCCGGGUCGGCUCGAAAUGUGUUAUGGUCGGGUCCUAGAAGAUUGGAUGCGAGCCAUUCCGGCGAACUUUCGGGUUCGGGUUCAGUUGAGAGCUCGCCUACAGCACGUGGGCUCAAACCGGGUCAUGGGCGGUCCGAUUCGGGAAAUGCACAUCCGUUAAUUUACUCCGGCGGAUGCUCCGUCACUUCCCCUGUUGGUAAUGCGCUUCCGGCCGGCAAUAUUUGCCCGUCCGGUAAGGUUUUGAAAACCGGCAUGGCUUGUAAAUCCACAAAGACUGAUGUUUUAGGGACCGGAACGGCUAAUUACGGCCAUGGCAGCAUAAUGCGCGGCGGUGCGGGUCCAAAAUCCGCCGUCGAUGGCGGUUCUGGCCAUACUAUGAAUUCAAGAGGAUUUACUGUUGGUGAGACAGUAAAAAGAGGGAUUUUUACUAAUGAUUCAGAUGAGUUGAAAAGAAUAGGGAAUGAGAAUUACAAGAAGGGUAAUUUUAUUGAAGCUUUGAGUAUUUAUGAUAAAGCCAUUGCUAUUUCUCCGGGCAAUGCUGCAUUACAUUGUAAUCGAGCUGCUGCGUUAAUGGCUUUGAAUCGGCUAGGGGAGGCAGUGAAGGAAUGUGAGGAAGCCAUUAGGCUGGAUCCAUCGUAUGUUAGAGCACACCAACGAUUAGGAUCUUUGUUACUUAGUUUAGGACAGGUUGAAAAUGCAAGGAGUCACUUUUUUUCCCUAGGUCAUAAGCCAGAUCAAGCUGAGUUGCAGAAGUUGCAAGCGGUGGAGAAACAUAUCAGCAGAUGCACUGAUGCCCGUAGAGGUAGAGAUUGGAAAAGUACCUUAAGAGAAGCUGAGGCAGCAACUGCUUCUGGAGCAGAUGCAUCUCCUCAGCUAUUUGCAUGUAGAGCGGAAGCUUAUUUGAAGUUACACAAAUUGGAGGAUGCUGAAUUGUGCCUAUCAAAAAUUAACAAGUUCGAACCAUCUGCUGUAGCAUGUCAGUCAAAAUUUUUUGGGAUGCUCUCUGAAGCAUACAUAUUCUUUGUUCAGGCUCAGAUUGAGAUGGCUCGGGGAAGGUUUGAAAAUGCACUGACUUACGUUGAGAGAGCUGCACAAGUAGACCCUCGAAGUACUGAAGUUUCUGCUUUACUCAACAAUGUGAGGCUGGUGGGGCAAGCUCGUGGUCGCGGCAACAAUCUAUUU